CGAUAAGUGCACGCUGCAGCGACAAGCUACUUAUUUUUUAUUGAUUAAUACAGAAACUCUGCAGUGAGAAGCAGAGAAAACAUCUGGAUCUAUUUCUCUUGUGUUUAUGAUUCAAGAUCAGCUUUACUUUAGUUUAAAGUUGCUUUUCACAAUAAUAUUUGUUGCUGUAAUACCCCGAGAUGCAACACCCCUUUAUGUCGUAAACAGCAAACGGAUUGUUAAAUCUUUCAUUGUGCUGAUUAAAUAUGUAUUUAUCUCAAGUGAAAAUCUGCAUAAAAAAAGACUUUAACCAGAAAUUUUAGUUUUGCUGCCAGAAAAGAACUAAAACCUUUAAUCAGCUUUCAUAUACUAAUAAAUUAAUUAAUCCACAAUUUAAAAUGAGGAAUUUUAGGGACUAACGAUACAUUAAUGGAGAAGCCAUAUUCUUCUUUUCUCUCUGCUGCUCUCCUUGGUAAAUAUAUUUAAUUUAGAAUAAUUCAAACAAAUCAAAUCAAUGAAGCCACUGAGGGAGAGUCACCGGUUGGUAUCGCUUCUUUCUAAACGACAAGGAAUCAAUGUUCCGAUCCAUUGAUCCACUGAGAGAACACGACGAGUCCCGAGUCGUGAUGACGAGAGUUAUACGAUGGCGUAUCGCUGGAGGCUGAACGUGAAUAAAGUGAGUGUAGCGCUGGUGAUUAGGCUCCUCCUCCUGCACCUCCCCCAGCGGCGAGGAGCUUCCUCCCUAGAGGACAGAGUCCGUAUGAUUAACAGCUACCAGGGCGACUGAAGGUUGAAUCUAGGUUAUUAAAUCCUGUAUUUCUUAAAAACUCAAGAAAUCUUUAUUAGAUAGAGGAGGUUUUUCAGUGAAUUUGACCUUUAUAUUUUUAAAUAAUUAAGUACCCAAAAGCUGAUUAAAAAAAAUAAAUUGUAGUGUUUUAAAAUAACCAUUUUCUAAUGAAUGCUACUUUGAUACUGAAAAUACAUAACAAUUUAGUUUAAAGCAACUGUGGAAUUAGCGUAGCAUUCAGCAGCUAAAGAGAGAGACGUUAGUGGUGGAGACCCAAAACAGAGCAACAUUCCCACUUUGAAAGGUUGUAAUAUGUUGUGUUCAAAGCUCAGUGGAAUUUGGGUUUAUUGUUUUCAGGUAAGCGUUCACAUUAAAAAAAGAGAAAAACAUCUUAACAAAGAGGCGUUAAAGUGCAAAUGUUCACAGUUUAAAGUACAAACGUAGAUGGGAGGGUAAAUUGAGUUGCGUUGACAUUAAACACAACUUGUCAAGUGUGAUUUACUCGUCACGUACAGUAAAUUAAUCAAGUGAAGGAGGAGCGUAAAGUUGCAGUCCGCCUCGCCUCCUCCAUCACUUGUUUGGUCUCCAGAUAGAAAUAAACGUGUCCUCUCGCCCCCCUAGUGGCUCGAAGUGGUUCUGCAGAAAGCUUCUAAAGCGUCUCCUUCCACCGGAUUCAGUUGAAUUAAUGUGUCUUAAUGUAUAUUCAGACAAUGCUGCUCAGGAGGUCCUGGAAAAGAUCCACUAAGCAGCAGCAGUCGCUGCGUCUCUCAGACCUCCAUCGUAAGUCUCAGCUCUGGCGAGGCAUCGUCAGCAUCGCGCUGAUCGAAGGCCGGAACCUGAUCCCCAUGGACCCCAACGGCCUGAGCGACCCGUACGUCAAGUUCAGGCUGGGACCCCAGAAGUACCGCAGCAAGACGGUGCCAAAGACGCUGAGUCCCCAAUGGAGGGAGCAGUUUGACCUCCACAUGUACGAAGAGACCGGCGGGGUGCUGGAGAUCACGGUGUGGGACAAAGACACCGGGAGGAGAGACGACUUCCUCGGACGCUGCCAGUUGGACCUGUCCACGCUGCCCAAGGAGCGGACCCACCACCUGGACCUUCCCCUGGAGGAGUCCCGGGGCCUCCUGGUGCUGCUGGUCACGCUGACCGCCUCCUCCCACGUGUCCAUCGCCGACCUCUCGCUCACGCCACUCGACGACCCGCUGGAGCGCCGGCAGAUUCUGGCGCGCUACGGCGCGCUGAGGUCCUUCUCCAACCUCAAGGACGUCGGCAUCGUCCAGGUGAAGGUCAUGAGAGCAGAAGGACUCAUGGUAGCAGACGUAAUAGGUAAGAGCGAUCCCUUCUGUGUACUGGAGCUGAAUAACGACCGGCUGCAGACUCACACCGUGUACAAGAACCUGAACCCAGAGUGGAACAAAGUCUUCACCUUCAACGUCAAAGACAUCCACGCGGUGCUGGAGGUGACGGUGUUCGAUGAGGACCGCGACCGCAGCGCCGACUUCCUGGGCAAAGUGGCCAUUCCCUUAUUACAGAUCCCAAACGGAGAGCAGAAGAGUUACGAGUUGAAAAACAAAGAGCUGACAGGAAGAACGAAGGGAACCAUCUACCUGGAGAUGGAUGUGGUGUACAACACCGUUAAAGCUGCUCUGAGGUCUGUUGUUCCUGCAGAGCAGAAAUACAUCGAGGAGGAACCCAAAGUCUCCAAGCAGCUGCUGCAGCAGAACUUUAACCGCGUGAAGAGGUGCAUCAUGGUCCUGAUCAGCUACGGGACCUUUAUCAACAGCUGCUUCCAGUGGGAGUCUGUACAGAGGAGCACCGUCUCCUUUGUGCUCUUCGUAGUGGUCGUGUGGAACUUUGAGGUCUACAUGCUGCCGAUGGCUCUGCUGAUGCUGCUGGUCUGGAACUACGUCUCGUCGUCCAUCAGAGGGACCACGGAGACGCCCCUGGACGCCAUGUUUGAGUGGGAGGACGAAGAAGAGGACGGAGAGGACAAGGAGGCGGAGCCAAAGGGCUUCAUGGACAAACUGUACGCCAUCCAGGACGUGUUCAUCAGCGUCCAGAGCGUGCUGGACGACGUGGCGUCCUACGGAGAGAGGAUGAAGAACACCGUCACCUGGACCGUGCCUUUCCUCAGCUGGCUGGCCAUCGCCGCCUUGUCCUCGGCCACCGUGCUCCUCUACCUCGUCCCCCUGCGCUACCUGCUGCUGGCCUGGGGUGUGAACAAGUUCACCAAGAAGCUUCGAGAUCCGUACCUGAUCGACAACAACGAGCUCCUGGACUUCCUGUCGCGGGUCCCGUCUGAUGUCCAAGUGAUGCAGUACCGGGAGCUGAAGACAGACUCUGGACAAAGUCCCAACAAACGCCGGAGGACCGUCCCCAGUUAGCCCCCCCUGCGUAUUCAAUGUGUGUUAUGUAACUCGGAGGAUGCUGCUGCAUGAAGCUCUUUAUUCAUGUUAUUUCAUUAUUAUGCUCAUAAAAAUACUUUGAGAUUUUUCGUUCUUUUCUUUCUUUCUCUUUUUUAAAACAUAGAUUUUAACUUGUGAGAUCAUGAAGGUUCAUCCGACCUUUACAACAGGGACAAGAAACAUGAUUUUUACUUUUUUAUUUUAAUCUCAGAGAAUAUACAAAGUUAUUUUUCAAUAAUUUACCAAAUGUAAUUUCUGAUAUUCUGGGUUUUUUCUCUGAAUAUUAAUCCUAGCUGUGUAUUUAUUUUAUUUCUAUGGUCUUUUUAAUGCACUCUAUUGAUUCCUGCAUGAACAUGAAUGCAUGAUCAAUAAUUAUAAUCUAAUGAAACAAUAUAAAAUGUUCUCUGCGGCCAUUUUUAUACUUUUAAUACUUACAACGUAUACUUGUACCUGAGUUUUGUGGUAUUUUAGAGAUCUGAAUACUUCCUCCACGUUAAGAUGCAUUUAGUCGUCACUUUAAGGGUUUAUAUUAUUCAUACUUUUAAUGUUCAUGUUCAGAGUUACUUAGUUAAUGAAAACAGACAGAAUACUUUUACCUAGAAUCUAGUUGUUGCCGACUUCUCACCGCUAACAAUAUAUUUUCAUUUUCUUAACUUCCUGUUUUUCGUUGUAUAAUCUGCAGUAUUUCAAACGCGGUGCAUUAUGGGAUGUCCUGCAUGCCACCUUGUGUGCGUCAGUGUUUUUGCAUGACUGAACAUGAAUUUUUUGCAAAGUGCAUCCAUCAUGUGACGGCCGGUGGAAGGUCUCCUGUUGCAUCAUGGGUAUUUGCUGCUGAAGUUUGUGUCGUGUUUGUCUGAGAAAAUAUAUUUGUACACAGAU